UCUCUGUCCUCUGUUUGUAUCAGACUUUCUCUCCUUCUCCUCCUUCUACAUUAGAUUUGGUUGCAAAAUCACACUAGGUUGAGCAAGGAACCCAGAUCUAUAUGUAUUUUCGCUCCUUUUGUGGGUAUUUUUGAGAGAGAACCGAUAAUGGGAAAAAAAGGAAGAAAUUUGAGAACCCAAAUCUGGAUCUAUCUUUGUGCCACUCUUCUUUUCUCUUUCUCUGUUUUAUUUCCCAUUCGUUGUCAUUUUCUUCCUAUCUCUUCUGUUUCUUUGUUGGCUGCGUCAGGCUUGGCUGUUUGGGCACGGGAUGUUUUGUGUGGCCGUCGUCGGUGUUGGUAGAAGGGGUGGGUUCCUUCUAUGCUGUGAAGAUUAUGAGGACAAAUUUGUAGAGGAAUGUGUGGCAUAAGUUUGUGUUGUCAGUUUUUCACUACUCUAUAACCAUGGCGAGGAAGAUGCUAAACGAAGGAGACACUCAUUAUGACUUUGACUUAUUUAUGAUUGGAGCCGGAAGUGGUAGCGUUCGUGCUGCUAGAUUUUCAGCAAAUUUUGGAGUUAAAGUAUGCUGCAUUAUCUAGACCAUUGGUGCUGCUUAAAAUUAUUGAAAAACUUGUUCUGAUACUUUGUAUGUUCUGUUUUGUUUGUACUGGCAUAUCAUAACAAAUUUGUAGUUGGAGAUGUUUCUUAGUGGCUUCAAGGAUAUAGAUAAUGAUUACCUCGAAUGUUACUAGAUAUGAAAUGAGGCUCAAUAACAUUUGUGGAAGUAUUAGAAGAUUAGAUUCCAUUGAUGUAGAAAAUCUGUAGAAGCAUCACAAGAUUAGCUUCCAUUGAUAUAUCUCUUGUGUGCCACAGAGAUUUUGAUGAUGAAAUGAGGGCAGUGGUUGCAAGAAAUCUGGAAGGAAGGGGUACUAAUCUGCAUCCAAGGACAAAUUUGUGAGAGACUUAUACUAGACGUAAUAUGUAUGAAUUCAAUUGAUUAAAGCAGAGGGUGGCAUUAAAGUUAUUACUGAUCACGGUGAAGAAUUGGUGGCAGAUGUAGUGCUCUUUGCCACUGGCAGGAUUCAAGAUACAAAGAGGUUGAAUUUUGGAGCUGUGGGGGUUGAACUUGAUCAGACAGGAGCUAUUAAGGUGGAUGACUACUCACACACCAACAUAUCCAGUGUAUGGGCAGUUGGUGAUGUUGAUGUUGCAAAUAGAUUGAAUCUUACACCUGUAGGAUUAAUGGAGGGAACCUGCCUUGCCUUUUUUAUUCUGUUUGGAGCUCCUAUAUUUCUCUGUAUUAAAUGUUAUAUGGUUGUUUAAUAUUUGAUGCAUUUAACAAUCUCAAAUGCAUUGCCUGUAGAAAACUAUGUUUGGUGGACAACCCAGCAAACCAGACUACAACAACAUACCCUGUGCUGUUUUUAGGUAAUGUUUGUAUGGUUUGGAGCAUGCCUCUCAUUUUAUUUGAUUAUUGAUAAUUUCACAAAACAAGAGCAAAAUAUAUAUUUCUCAGUUCUAAUGAUUGCAAGAAAUCCAAGUAUUCAUU